AUGCCCAAGCUUGAGAAACUCCAGCUGCUCGUGACCGGCCAUAACGAACGGGAGAGUAUAUUAGCAUUACAAGGCUACCUCUUCGCGUCAUCUCUCCGUGAGUUUCUCAACGGCUUUAGCAACUGCGUCGUCAACCUCCCCCGAUGGGACUAUCCAAGUCUCGAGGCGUAUACGUUGUGGUACCCAACAUACGCGCCGACUCUCUCUCACUUUACCCAGUUGAAGUGUCUAACCAUCGUCGUAUGGGUGGAACGGAUCGAGCAUGUCCUGAUCCCUAUGCUUACCGAGCUUCUGGCGAAAGAUGAAGCCCUUUUAAAUCUCGAAGAGUCUCGAUAUUCAUUAGAAUAUGGAAAUAUGCGGAAACAUAAUCUGGAAGUAUGGAGGAAAGUGCUUGAUGACUUGGUGGCUCUGAGAAGACUGACCUCGCAGAUACGAGAACGAUGCGCUCAUUUACUGGUCACGCCGACUCCGGCACAAGACGAGCUAUCCGUUCUACUUGGGCAGCUGGAGAUAUGA